CCAAGCAGAAUAAACCUUGAUCAGCUCAGGGAUUUGUGUCUAGCUGCCCAAAAUGUCCGGAAACCUCACCCACAUCCUCUUCGAAAAUGCUUCGGGGUACUCGCUCUUCGAGGUCAACAUCCAGGAGGAAGUGGCCGCUAAGAGCAAGGCUGUACAAGAAGCCGUUCUGGACUUUUCCAAGUUCAGUCGAAUGGUAAAGCUCAAGAGCUUCUUGCCCUUCACCUCGGCCGCCGAGGCUUUGGCCAACGCCAACGAUGUCUCCGAAGGAAUCGUGUCCGAUCAGCUGUCUUCCCUGCUCCAGCUGCUUAUUCCGUCAUCCUCCAAGUCGUCGCCUCGUGUGCUACUCGGAAUCGGAGAGCGAACGCUGGCGAGCUCCAUCAGUCAGCAACUAAAAAUUCCCUGCGACACUGGCGAGAGGACUUUGGAGCUUGUGCGAGGUGUCAGGUUGCACGCCGAGCUGUUCUUGAGCAAGGCUGGCACGGGAAUGACGAAGGGAGAUGUGAAAAUGGCACAGCUCGGUCUGGGUCACAGUUACUCUCGAGGCAAAGUCAAGUUCAAUGUCAACCGAUCCGACAACAUGAUUAUCCAAGCAAUCGCACUUGCUGACCAGCUCGACAAGGACGUCAAUACCUUUUCUAUGAGGAUCCGUGAAUGGUACUCGUGGCACUUCCCAGAAUUGGUCAAGAUCACCCCUUCAACACCUGGCCAGUAUGCUCGUUUGGUCUUGCUCAUCGGAGACAAGUCUCAACUCGACUUCAGCGAGUCCGGUCAGAGCGAGUGGAUCGCCAAGAUUCAGGAAAUUCUCGAUGACGACGAGACGAAAGCCAAGAAUGUCAUGGACGCUGCUAAGAGUUCGAUGGGUGCCGAUAUCAACGAAUUGGAUCUCCUGAACAUCAAACGCUUUGCGGAGCGUGUUGUCCAGUUGUCAGAUUACAGGACCAACCUGCGACAAUACUUGAUCGACAAGAUGCACGCUGUGGCCCCCAAUCUCAGCGCACUUAUUGGAGAGACGAUCGGCGCCCGGCUCAUCAGUCACGCGGGUUCGCUCACCAACCUAGCCAAAUAUCCGGCCUCUACGGUCCAAAUUCUGGGAGCGGAAAAGGCUCUCUUCCGAGCCUUGAAGACGAAAGGUAACACGCCUAAAUACGGUUUGAUCUACCACAGUACUUUCAUUGGCCGAGCUGGUACCAAGCACAAGGGGCGAAUCUCUCGAUUCUUGGCCAACAAGUGUUCAAUCGCUUGCAGGAUCGAUUGCUUUUCAGAUAACCCAACGAACAAGUAUGGUGAAGCUUUGAGAGCUCAGGUUGAAGAGCGUUUGGCAUUCUACGAGUCUGGUACUGCCGUAAGCAAGAAUGCCGAUGCCAUCAAGAAGGCUCAGGCUGCCAUCGCUCUUGAUCUCGAGGGCGACGAUGACGAAGAUGAUGACGAGAAUGCUAAAGAGGACGAGGUCGCCGAGGCGAUCAAGCUCGUGGAGGAGGGAAAGAAGCAGGCCGCCGAGGCAAAUGCUGAACAGCCUGUGGACCCCGAGCUGCAGAAGCUCGCUUCUUUGAUCCCGGGUGUCAGCGCAGCUGUCGGGAGCACUCCAAACAAGAAGGAAAAGAGCAAGAAGAGGAAAUCGGACGUUGCCGCGCUGUCCGCAGAUGCCAUGGAUGUCGAUGUACCUGGCGAUCUUUCCGCAGUGGGUGUCGAAGCCAAGGCUUCGAAGAAGUCCAAAAAGGACAAGAACAGCAAAUCAGCCGGGGAUGUCUCUGUGGCCGGAGACGUGAGCAUGGUCGGCGACGACACAGCGACCAGCAUGAAGAAGGAGAAGAAAGAGAAGAAGAGUAAAAAGGACAAGAAGCCGAAGGACGCAUAACGUGUUUUGGCCCACCCUUGUAACUUUUUAUCUUCCUCUCGACCCUUUCUCGUGCUCAGUAUAUCGUGUGUUGUUACAGCCUCAUCCUCCUUUCGAUGAUAUCUUGUACUUGUAUGCAAUAUUCCUUGACGUGGGUGGA